GGACGAAACCAUACUCGGCGUAGGUUUGCCGUACGUCUUAUACAAAGUAUCCUUAAUAGUAUGGACCCUGGCCAGAACACUCUCCCUACGGCUGCUCCCGCAGACAAUAUCUCAGGCCUGGACGGCUACUCGGCAUCUCAAGCGUACGUCACAGGAGUCUCUGGUCAAAGCUGAAUUAACAGGAACCAUACGGUGAGGCCAAUCAAGAAUGUAGACAAAGACAGGAGCUGCUGGAACGGAGUGGCUGAGUUUCAGUGAAGAGAGAGGCCUCUCAGUUGGCUGAAGGUACUUAAGAGCUCGUUCCUAGCUGUGGGAUUGCAGACUUGCUACAAUACAAUACACAGCACUAAACAAACAACUCUACUUCAUCAUCCACUGCCUUGCCUCUUCUUAUCCAGAUCCAUCACUCGAUCUCCAUCAGUCAUCCAAGAUGCCCGCCGCCAUGGAACACACUCAGCAAGCCCCCAUGACCUCUGAUAACGGAGACAUCGUCACACAGCAGCCUAGCGCUGAGCCUCAGCCUGAUAUGACCAUGCGUGGUGGUGAGGAGGCUGGCUGUGAGAUCUGCUGUGGUCUCUGCGCCUGCGAUGAGGGAUGCUGCUAAGCAGACAGCCUCACGUAGAGUGUUCUGAGUAGAAUAGACUGCUCGGGAUGGAGUUUGGGUAGCAUUGUUAUCGUGAUUUAGCAACUCCCGUCUGGAUGGUUGAUCCAGUGGAGCAAUAAACUACAUUCAUACAUCUGAGUCCUUCGUGAUAUAGGCUUUAUGUCUAAUAUGUCUAAUAGUAACCUAAACCAGAGAUCUGGGACAGAUUCGUCAUGUCAGUUUGGCCAAACCCUUUUGAGGAUCCGUCAUCCGCACAAUGUGUGACCACCCACGCCUGAAGGCUCAUAGUACGAAUAUCAUGGCAUCAAACUCCAGGACUCUCAAG